GCGAUUGCAAGAUUGCAGGAUUUUUUUCGCUUGUUAGAUCUGCGAACCAUCUCUUUCUUAUCCUCCUCCAUCCUUUUUCCCUAGACUUUCUGCUUUUCCUUUAUUAUCUUGUCCAUCAUGUCCGACGAUGAAUCCCACCACCAGACCUUUGAGCAGGCAAGUGCGGGCGCGUCCCUCACUUUCCCCAUGCAAUGCUCUGCUCUCCGUAAAAACGGACAUGUCGUUAUAAAAAGCCGUCCUUGCAAGAUCGUCGAAAUGUCUACUUCGAAGACCGGCAAGCAUGGUCACGCAAAAGUCCAUCUUGUUGCUAUCGAUAUCUUCACUGGUAAAAAAAUGGAAGAUAUCUGUCCCUCUACCCACAACAUGGACGUCCCCAACGUGUCGCGUAAUGAAUACCAGCUCGUGAACGUCGAUGAGGGCUUCCUCAAUCUGAUGUCCCAGGAUGGGAACCCGAAGGAUGAUGUCAAGGUCCCGGAGGGUGACCUUGGUAAGCAAAUCGAGACUGAUUUCGAGGAUGGAAAGGAUCUCUUGGUUACUAUUAUUUCUGCCAUGGGAGAAGACAGGCCAUUUCCGUCAAGGAAGCCCCCAAGGGUUCUUAAACAGGAAACAACAUAUUUUCUAUGUCCAUAAUUUGCCAGUGGAAAACAUGCCAUCGACACAAGAGCUUGUCCGUUCUCUGGACGACUUUUCCGACGUUGUUUCCUGGAUUAACAAUACGCUUACCACCACUGAAGAGUCCCAACCUGACAGCAAAGCCGCGUUUGGUUUGACUGAGCUGGACCAGCAUGUCACAUCUCUCCUUGCCGCCUUUGAAAUUGCUGCUCAGGAUGCAUCCACUCAGAUUGAGCAUAUCAUCGACGACGUCUCUCGGGGUGCACCUCGUUUGACAUAUGAUCUUCACUUCAUGCGAGACAACGCGCUUUCACUCCAAGGCGACCUGACAAAAGUACAGUCCAAAUCCAAAAACUCGAUUCCCGAAGCUACCGCGUCUGCCCUUGAUCGUUUGCAGCAUCUGGACACCAUAAAGACGAGGAUGGAAGCUGCCCGGGAAGUUCUGCGAGAGGCGGAAAGCUGGAGCACGCUAGAAUCUGAAGUGACGUCUCUUCUUACAGAGACAAACUACGAAAAGGCGGCGGAGAGGCUCAACGAGGCUAAUAGGAGCAUGGUCGUCUUCCAGAACACCUCCGAAUACGAGUCUCGCCAGACUCUGAUGAUUAGCCUACAGAACCAACUCGAGGCAUCCCUCAGCUCUGCAUUGGUCGCGGCGAUCAACUCGCAGGAUUUGGUCAUCUGCCGCAGCUUCUUCUCCAUCUUCUCCAAUAUUCAGCGUGAGUCCGAGUUCAGGAAUUACUACAAUGGUUCGCGUAGAACGCCUCUCGUAUCGAUGUGGCAGAGUGCAGAACUGGCUGACUGUGACUCAAGGUUAUCUUCCCAGUCUGGGCAGACGUUUAAUGCAUUCUUGCCAUCGUUUUUCGCGAGCUUUCUUUCUGUGCUUGACGCUGAACGCACUUCGAUACCGUCCAUCUUCCCCGAUCCUCCUACCACCUUAUCUACUCUUAUAACAUCUACCUUAUCCGCCCUUCAGCCUACAUUCUCACAACGUCUGGCUUCCUUGUUCAGCCAGUAUCGUGCCUCUGCCCUCAAAGAAAUUAUUCUCUUAUACAAAGCUACUGAAGAAUUCGGAGCGAGUGCUCAAAAGAUUAUGGAGAAAAUCCAACUUUCCAAUGUCGUAUCUUCGCCAUUGUCCAUGGAGAGUGGCAGCGGUCCGGACAGUCUUGCACCCUCAAAGUCACAUUCUAGACGACGAUCUAUGCGCAUGUCGAUGUCGUUCCGGUCCAAUCCCCGUCUUACAUCAGGAAGUAGCUCGAUUUCGCUCAAACAACAACAAGCAGCUCUUGUCGAUGUCUUUGACUGGGAUCAGGUGCUAUUUCAACCUUUCCUCGACCUUCAGGUUGACUAUGCAUCUCUCGAGCGGCGUUUGCUAGACGAAGAAUAUAGCCAGAUUGCACUGGAUGACACCAAGGCGACGCUCAGUGAUAGGGCGAGAUUGCUGAGGGAGAGAUCGGUGGAUGCCUUCAGUACUGCGGAAGCCAGUCUCACUCGUUGCAUGACAUUUACCCAUGGAUAUGGGGUCGUGGGACUCGUACAAGCUUUAGAUCAUUUCUUCAAGGCUUUCGUCGAUAGCUGGACCUUGGAUGUAAGAAACGAUCGGUCUGCACUGUCCUCCUCCACCUCCACUAUAGCAUCAUCAUCAUCCGACGAAGACCUUUCCGACCUCGACUAUACUGCACAAGAUUGGUCAGAUAUUCAAGUAUCCCUCCAUCUUCUCACAUCUGCACGCGCUGUCCUCGAACGAUUGACGGUGUUUGAGGGAAAGCUGAAAUCAAGUCUAAUUCAAGUAGCAACCGCCUUUCGUUUGGCAAGAGAAAGUGAUAGUGGGCUUUAUAUUCCCGGGACAACGCACGGAGAAGGACUGCUGCUAGCUCAGUCCACCCUAAACUCCGCAGAAUUACAGGAGCUUUUAAAGGUUGUUGAAGCAGACGGCACCACUCGUAACGCACCUUCUGUAAAUUCCAGUCCAUUGCUUGUGGAUAGCCGCGCUGCAAUAGCCUCUUUCGCCAAGGUCUGUCAAAGCUCGUUGCAAGAAACUAUCCUUUCUCCGCUACGCAAACAUCUCGCACUUUAUGCCUCUUCUCCUCUAUGGUCUGCUGCUGGCGAUCCCAAGUUGAAGCGGGUGGGCACAGGAGGCGUCAAUGAUCUCCAAGUCCCCGUGUUUUCAUUGUCUCCCAGCGACGUCGUGCAACGUGUUGCCGAGGGCUUGCUCAAUCUACCAAGACUAUUUGAAGUGUAUGCGGAAGACGAUGCACUUGCUUUCUCUCUCUCGACACUUCCUUACAUCGAUGCCGAGUUUUUGAAAAUGCUCUCUGAGCAGCAGUCACCCAGUGCUGAGUCGAUGAAUCAGGGGCAUAUUCGCCGUGGCUCGCUUUCGAUGCCCAUAAAGCCGUCGCCGUUGAGUGCUGAGGCUGUUUCGUCCGCGUGGCUAUCUUCUCUAGGCCACUCAAUUCUUUCACAUCUUACAACGAAUGUGCUCCCAAGAAUACGUACGUUGACGGUUGCUGGAGCAGCCCAAUUGGCGUCAGACCUAGGAUAUCUCUCCAAUAUUGUCCACGCACUCAAUGUUGAGUUUGAAGAGCUCGAACGCUGGAAGGAGUAUGUGAAUAUGGGCGAUGAGGAAGGGAGAGCGGUAGCUUCGGAAAGGCUUCCUGGAGAUCAGAUUCUAUCGCAGGUCGCAAAGAUUAGGGGAUGGACUACAUCGUAAAGGGUCUACGUUCUUAAGUUACUAAUAGCUUCACAUCGAUGAAUGUACUUCCAAGAAAUAAUUAGAUUGCUGAUUGCCUUGGAGAGAAUAAUUACAGUAAAGGAAAAACCCCAGAACAAAUAUGCACUAGAUGAAAGAUAUUUUACAGGCAUGCAAUUACUACCGAGCGUAUGGAUGGAAACUAUGCUGACCACGGUUCGACAUUCGAGCUGGCCCCGGGCCAGUGUUCAUCGCCAUUCUGGCGAAAUUUGGGUUUAUGGCACCACCCCCCAUACCCCCCAUACCCCCCAUACCCUGCCUCAUUCGCAUACCCAUAUUGUUCAUACCCAUAGCAGCACCUCCACCUGCACCCAUUGCUCCAGGAACCAUUCCCAUAGCUCCCAUCGGUCCUCCCAUACCCAUUCGCAUGCCUCCCAUAGGGUUCAUCAUACCCAUUGGGUUCAUGGCACCCAUCAUGUUCAUGCCUCCCAUGCCAUUCAUCUGAUUGAAGUUGUUCAUCCCCAUCCCCAUCCCCAUUCCCAUGGGGUUCAUCAUACCCAUGUUGGGCAUACCACCUCCGCCCAUCAUCGGCAUCUGCCCCAUCAUACGUUGAUAGAGCAUGUUGGUCCCUGGAUUAGAUUGUUGCUGUUGUUGCUGUUGCUGGGGAACAAAGGGCAUGUUGGGCGUCGUUGGCGUCCUUGAUUCUCUGUCGUUGAAAUAGGGUUCCCGGCCAGUAUUAGCACUUCGUGCUUGAUCUCUUUGGCU